AUGCCGCACUGGUUGGACCCCAAAACAGUCCUGGUGAAAUCUGCAUGCAGCCAUGACAGUGAAAACUGCAUAAGAUGUCCUGAUGAAGAAUAUCCAAAUGAGAAGAAGAAUCGGUGUGUUCCAAAACUGGUGGAAUUUCUCUCCUACACUGAUGAUACAAUUGCUGCAGCAUGUUCAGCUGUCUCUAUUUUAGGUUGCCUUAUGACUGGUAUAAUAUUGGGAUUAUUUGUAAAUAACCAGGACACACCCAUUGUUAAAGCUAAUAACCGUGACCUGAGCUAUCUUCUCCUGGUCUCCAUCAUGCUGAGCUUCCUUUCUGUGUUUUUGUUCCUCGGCCGUCCAGUAGAUGUAACCUGCAUGUUACGUGUAACCUGUUUUGGUGUCAUCUUCUCUGUUGCUGUCUCUUCUCUACUUGCCAAAAGUAUCAUGGUGUAUAUUGCAUUUAAAGCCACCAAACCUGGGAGUUCCUGGAGGAAAUGGAUGGGUACCAAAUUAUCCAAUUCCAUAGUGUCUGUGUGUUCACUAGUUCAAGUACUAAUAUGUGUCACUUGGUUGUCUAUUUCUCCCCCCUUCCAAGAUAGAGACAUUUACACUUAUCAGGAAAAGGUCAUCAUUCAGUGUAAUGAGGGUUCAGUUAUUGGCUUCUACUCUGUCCUGGGAUAUAUGGGACUUCUGGCAGCUGUGAGUUUUAUUAUAGCUUUUUUAGCCAGGACAUUACCGGACAGUUUUAAUGAGGCCAAGUACAUCACCUUCAGCAUGCUGGUGUUCUGCAGUGUCUGGAUUGCCAUGAUCCCGGCCUAUCUAAGCACUAAAGGGAAAGACACGGUGGCUGUACAGAUUUUUGCUAUAAUGGCAUCAAGUGCUGGACUUCUUGGCUGUGCUGUGCCAUCUUCUUCUCCUCUGUUGGUGGGGGUGGGUGGGAGGAGCAGCGAGGUCGCCUGCAUGUUUUCAGGUGAUUCCAAUCACUUCCUGCUGUCCUCCCUUUAG